AAGGAGACGAAGAUUAGUGGAUGUGCGGACAGUCUAUCAGCAGGAAUGGAUCACACAUGUUCUCUCAAAUGGAGGUGAACUAAGGAUGAAGGCUCCAAAAGGGUAGAAAUAAACGAUGGUGACGGUUUAACUAGCUUUCACAGUACUUAAAUGUUGAAUACGGGGAAUAACAAUUAGCUGUGAUGGACGUGAGACAUACAAGUCUACGGACUUUCACUUCCAAAGCAAGUUUCGGACUAAACAGAUGAAGAAGAACAAAGUGUAUAGAAGAUAGCAGAAGAGCAGAGAAAGAGGAAUAAUGAGAGUUAUGGAAAGGGAGCUGUGAGAGAAGCUUAAGCACAAAGACAGGCUAAAGAGGCACAGGAACGAUUUGAAGAUGGUGCCAUCCUCUCACAGACCAGCUCCAUCGAGAGGAUAUGCCAUCAAUUGGUUGGGCUACUGGACUUCAUCUCGACCCCUUUUGCACAACUUUCGCCUGGCUAUCAAGUGCCGAGGAGGACAAAAGGCCGUCAUGCACAACGCGGUGGACAGCAAAACCAACUCAUCAACGUCUAUGGACCACUCAAAUCGGGAUGCAGGAACAUAAUCGUUGCUGUGAACGAUUGUGGCCCGAUCAGUCUUCUACGGUGCGUAGAAGAUCAAUUUGAGCAAUGGCGUAUCGCAGGAAUCCAACGAUAGGAUCGAUAGACUAUAUGCACAAUCGUUGUACCAUAACUCAAC